AAUCUGAUUCUCGCAUAGUGGACGUUUCCGAGCUGACACUGAACGCCUCACCACUAUCCACCGGAGCACACUGAUCAGAAAGUCGUCCAUCAUCUUAUUAGAGUAAAGAACAAUUAAAAGCAACAAUGAAUGUCGAGCAUGAAAUCAGCUUGCUGGUGAGGGAGAUUCAGCGACUUGGCAGUAAAAAUGCUGAGGGUCAAACCAGCGUGAAGUUCGGGGUCUUGUUUAACGAUGAUGAGUGUGCCAACAUCUUUGAGGCCUUGGUGGGCACCCUGAGGGCCGCCAAGAGGAAGAAGUUCAUCAGUUUCGACGGCGAGCUGCUCCUGCAGGGCGUCCACGAUAACGUUGACAUCGUCCUGCUGAAGGACUGAGGCCAGCGUUUGCACCAGAUGGCUUUCAGUAUUUGAAUUAUGACCAAACAGUACACUUAACGGACCCAGCUGGCAUGUCUGCAUAUGAUUUCUUUUGAUUUCACUGUGCCAAAACAGUAUCACAGAUUUGAGAAUAUUUUUUUUCCAGGGGCUGAAUGACGGCCACAUUCAUAGUUUAAACUGACGAGAAAAAAAACACAGUUUUUCUCUUUCUCAGGCGCUGCUGCUUUAUCAACCCACGGGUCUGAACUGAAAUGUCAUUUUGAUACACUUUUAAGACUAUAAACGCACAAAUCAGGAAUCUAGUCAUUUGUGUAAUGCAUUCAUUUAGGUAUUAUUCUGUUCAUUUUGUUUGAGAAAUCACAGUAUGAGUUAACUAUCACAACCAAACGCCUCUCUUUAUGAUAUCAGCGUCGGAGAUGAAUGACACACAGAACAAGAUCGUGGCUAGAUUUAUCACCUUUAUCUUCCUAUUUUUAAUUAGAGCACUCUGAUCUGGAUAAAUUAUUUGUAAUGGAAGCUUGUUUUUAAAGCUGCACUUGGUCAAUUCUCCCUUAGUGGCAAUGGGAGUUAAAACCUAACCUAAAAGUGUGUUUUCACGUUAAUUGUAGUGCAGCUUUAAGACAACCACACGGCGAGUGUGUGUCCACCAACAGUGUCACCAAAUGGCAGUUCCAUUCAUUGUUUACAUGAGCCAUUUCUACUACCUCUUGUGGACUUUGUAAAGACGUUAUUUAGACCAGUGCUUUUGGAAAACAAGAACAAUUCCUUCAUAGAAACUGCAAAGACAAGUGCAUUGCAAGAAAAGACUUUUGCACCUUUUUGUACUCGUUGCAAUCUGCUAGAGUAGUUUUUAUUCCAUCUUUUUACACGAGUGGUCAAUAAUGAAUUUUUCUCUCUGCUAAACAAACUCCAAAACUUGCCUUUUCGUAAGAGGAUGAUGACACAAAUGGCGAAUGUAUUUCUCGUGCAAUUUUUAUCCGUGUGUAAUAAUCGCAGGGUGAUUGGUGCCAAAUGCAAAAAGUUGAAUUUGUGAGGUUUCUCAGGACCAAAAUCGACACAACCAAAAUAUGUUUAGUGAUUGUCCUGUAGCUUAAAUUAGGUGUCUCACUUGUGACACAACAUGUGCAUUUAUAGUUUUAUUAGUUUUUUAUUUUUUAUUUUACCAGUCUUUAGUCUGUACUGUAGGUCAAAUGAUACUUGCAGAUCAGGUGUGAUUGUUUCCCAACAUCAAAACUCAGUCUGUUUUAGGGAAAUGUUCCUUUUUUGUUUUAUUUUGGAAAAAUAUCACUGAAGCAGCCUGUACGGAGGCCCAAAAUGGUAAAACAUUUAGUAUAAAUAACAUUAUGAAAUGAAUAAUAAAAUAAAAAAGUAAAGACAAAGUAUGUAGAAAAACAAGAAAUUGUAAAAUAUUCCAAUAGAAACUGAUUAAUGUUAUAACAUUUUGUUUCAUCCUGAUUUUUUUCCCCCAAUAACAUUUUAGGUCUUUUUUUAUUUAAUUCAAGUCAUUUUUAUUUCAAAAUGUCCUUUUCUAAGCCUGUUUUUAGAAUGACAGUUCAACUUAAAAUGUUUUAAGUAAAAAGAGAUUAUUAAUAGGCAUUUUGAAAUAAAAAUUAAAUAAAAUGUAAAAAAAAUAAUAGCGAGCCUGUAAUACAAAAAAAAAGAAGCAGGAUUAAUUAACAUUUUAUAAAUCAAUUUUUAAAAAUUUAUUGGAUUAUUUAACAAUUUAAAAUUUAAAAAACUCACUUUUGUUUAACUAUUUUAUCGAUGUUAUUUAUUUUUUGUGUAUUUAUUUAAUUUUGACCACUUUGGGCCUCCGUAGAUUUUGGCAACUGGCUGCAGCUUUUUGGAUGUUAGAAUAAAUAUUUGUCCUGGAUAAACACCAGAAGAAACACCACACUUUAAAUGUUUGCCUGAAUGUAACAUCUCCUCCUUGGCAAAUGUUGAGCAUAUCAAUAUAAAUCACACAACCACGCCUCAUCUGCAAGUUUUAUGAGACUCAUUUCACAUUCACUGCUGUCAAAUCAUCCAGGUGUUUGCUGUUUUGCUUCAGUUUGACUUGAAUUAUGUCUUUUUUUUUAUCUUUCUUUCUGAACAGUAUAGAAGAUUGUGCAUAGAUGAGUCAAAAAUCUGUCAAAAUCAGGAGAACAGGACGAGCUUUUAAGCAUAUUUCAAUUAUGAAUGAAGCUGAAAUUAAGCUGAGAAAACAGAAUACAAAACAACAGGCUAAGUUUUGGGAAAUAAUGGAGGAAAAAAAGCAAGAGUGAGGAAGAGAACAUGCUGCUUGCAUCACUGUCAUAUUUUAAUUAUCCUGCUGUGUGUUUCACUGGAGUGAGCUGAACAUAAAUGCAAAUUACAGCACAAGUAAACACUUAGCUAGAAAGUUACAUCGGAGCGGUGCCAAUACCUCGAGACAUUUCUGUGUACUAGUGGGAUACCUGCAUGAUGUGUUCAUGUGCGUCAUUACUGUCUUUUUGUAUUGGCAAUAACACAUUCCUAUAAGAACUAAGGUUUCUGUUACUGUGGAAAUACUACUCUGAGGAGAAUAAAAUCUUUACACUUGAAGCCUUGAAA